GUUUGUUCGAUUGGCUAGAACAAAUUUAUUUUGGUAGCUCUGGAGUUAGUGGUGAAAUUCCUCCUACAUUUGCUAACCUACGAAACAUGGUUACUGUGUGGGCAUCAGACACUGAACUUACAGGCAGGAUACCUGAUUUCAUAGGGAAUUGGUCAAAGCUUGUGACCUUAAGGUUUGAAGGGAACUCCUUUGAAGGUCCUAUUCCAUCAGCAUUAUCCAACCUAACUUCUUUGACAGAGCUGAGAAUAAGUGAUUUAUCAAAUGGAAGCUCUUCACUGGCAUUUCUUAAGGAUAUGAAAUCUCUAACUGUCUUGGUGCUAAGGAAUGAUAAUAUAUCUGAUUCAAUUCCAUCCAGUAUUGGAGAAUACCAGAAUUUGACACAGUUAGAUUGGAGCUUCAACAAUAUAAUUGGAAGGAUACCGGAUUCACUUUUCAAUUUGAGCCAGCUCUCUUUCUUGUUUCUUGGAAAUAACAAGUUGGAAGGUCCCCUUCCUGCACAAAAAGUUUCAUCGCUCCUAAAUGUUGAUGUUUCAUACAAUAAUUUAUCAGGGAGCCUUCCUUCCUGGGUUAAUGAUCAAAAUUUACAAGUUAAUUUAGUUGCAAACAACUUCACAAUAGAUCUUUCAAAUAGCGGUGGUUUGCCAUCAGGUCUGAAAUGUCUUCAAUGUAACUUUCCUUGCAAUAGGGAACCUCCAAUCUAUUCUCAGUUUGCAAUAAAGAGUGGUGGUCCACCGAUAACGUCUUCCGAUGGAAUCUUUUAUGAGAGGGAAAAUGAGACUCUUGGUGCUGCAACAUAUUAUGUUACUGGUACAAACCGAUGGGGUGUCAGUAAUGUUGGAUAUUUUACCGGAAACAACAAUCCUCUGUAUACUGCUUCUUCAUCAUCGCAAUCCACAAAUACUUUGGACCCUGAGUUAUUCCAAACGGCAAGGAUUUCUGCUUCGUCACUAAGAUACUACGGUUUGGGGCUUGAGAAUGGCAAUUACACUAUCAACCUUCAGUUUGCAGAAAUAGUAAUUGAGGAUUAA